GAACGUGGAGGUAAAAUUAGUCUGAAAAUGGCAGCUCUAAGUGAAACUGACCCAUGCUCUUUUUCUCAGCCAAAAGUGUGCGCAGUGACAAAUAUACACUUAGCGCUCACGGUUGAUUUUAGUACCCGCGUCCUAAGUGGCUAUGUGCUGAUAGAAGCCACAAAGAAAGCAGAACAUGCAACAUUGUUGGUGUUGGAUUGUAAAGAUAUUACUAUACAUAAAGUCACAGAUGAAAGGAGUGGACAAGAUCUGAAAUUUUGCCUUGGGACUGCUGUAGACCCUUUUGGCUCUAAGCUAGAAAUCACUCUUCCACCAGUGACUGGAAAAAGCGUGUCAGUGAAAAUUGAGUAUGAGACUUCCCCGCAAUGUUCCGCACUGCAGUGGCUUACACCAGAGCAGACUGCAGGGAAACGGCAGCCAUAUCUGUUCAGCCAGUGCCAGGCCAUUCACGCAAGAAGUCUUGUUCCAUGUCAGGACACUCCAGCUGUCAAGUCACCAUAUACGGCUGAGAUCAUAGCACCUAAAGACAUUGUGAUAUUGAUGAGUGCCAUAAGACAAGGCUGUGAAGACAUUCCAGGGGAUUGUACAAAAAAAGUCCAUAAAUUUGAACAGAAAGUACCAAUACCCACCUACCUCAUAGCCAUUGUAGGAGGAGACCUGGAAUACAGAGACAUUGGUCCUCGUUCCAAGGUGUGGUCGGAAAAAGAAAUGGUGGACAAGGCAGCUUAUGAGUUUGCGGAGACAGAGAAUAUGCUGAAAACUGCGGAGAGCCUGAUGGGUCCUUAUGUUUGGGGUCAGUACGAUCUACUGGUUCUUCCUCCUUCCUUCCCAUUUGGAGGCAUGGAAAAUCCCUGUCUUACCUUUGUAACACCCACACUACUGGCAGGAGAUAGGUCUUUGGCAGAUGUUGUGGCUCAUGAGAUAACCCAUAGCUGGACAGGAAACCUCGUCACUAAUAACUCUCCAGACCAUUUCUGGUUAAAUGAAGGUCACACUACCUUUUUGGAGCGAAAGGUAACAGCACGCUUACAUUCAGGGGAAAAGUUCCGCCAAUUUAUGGCUUUGGAUGGCUGGAAAGAUUUGAAAGAUGCUGUUGAAACAAUAGGCCCAAAGCAUGACCACACAAAACUGGUACUAGACUUAAGGGGUGUAGAUCCAGAUGAUGCCUUUUCGACAGUGCCUUAUGAAAAGGGGUUUGCACUCCUGUUCUACCUGGAAACAUUGUUGGGAGGGCCAGACGUGUUUGAGAAAUUUUUGCGGGCAUACAUUGAGAACUUCAAGCUGCAGUCCAUUGACUCCAACCAGUGGAAAGACUUUCUGUUUUCAUAUUUUAAAGACAAGAUCAGCAUCCUGGAGACAGUUGACUGGAAUACUUGGUUUUAUGGUGUUGGGAUGCCCCCGGUCAAACCACAGUACGACACAUCAUUAGCAGAUAUCUGCCACCAGCUGGGGGACAGAUGGAGUGCUGCCUCAGAUGGUGAUCUCUCAGCCUUCUCUCCAACUGAUCUCAGUAACUUGUCCUCUGUCCAGGUGCGGCAGUUCCUCAACCAUCUUCUUCAGCAGCCUCCAUUGUCAGUGGCAAAGCUGGAAAAAAUGGAAGAACUCUAUCAGUUAAUGAAAGUUCAAAAUUCAGAAGUUCAUUUCAGGUGGUUGAGACUCUGUAUACGUGGUGAGUGGAGCCAGGCAAUAGCUCCGGCCCUCAAGUUUGUCAGUGACCAGGGACGCAUGAAGUUUGUUAGACCUCUGUACAGAGAGAUGUAUCAGUGGGAAGUGGCACGUCCAGCAGCAGUCGAGAACUUCAAAAAGCAGAGACCUACUAUGCACAACACAACGGCCUCUCUAGUAGCCAAAGACCUUCAUCUGAAGUAGUGGUCCAAAGCACCAAUUUUGUCAUGUAUACACAUGUACAUGCAUAUGCAUAUAUCCAUCUCACUUGAUAUCCUUGAAAUAAAACAGUGAAAUCAAAGAUUGUUGAACUGAUCUUUUUGUUUUUUGGCAGUAAUACUUGAAGAGAAAACCUGUGAAGUUUUUGUAUGUUUUAAUUGCAUCAUAGCUUCUCAUCACAUGGCUUUAUUUUGUAUGAGAUUGAUUUUGCACGGAGUUCUUUACUGGAGAUAUCUAGGAUACUGAUAAUUAGUGUGUUUUGUAGCAAAGUGUAUAUGUGUGAAGUAAUGAAUGUAAUGUCUCGCCUGUUCUCAGUUUGAUGGAAGCUAUGGAGACUUUUUGUUUUGAUCAUUUUAAUUCGAAGCCUAUUAUACAUCAAAAACUGAGAGUAAGAUUUCAGUGAGGAUUGGUCUUAUUAUUACCAUACAAGCAAAGAAAAUGAUGACAAAAUAAUGUGAUAUAUGUUCAUUUUAACCGAUUUAGAAACCAAUUCAACAAGUCUCCUGUUUACAGUGUAACAUUCCCCUAGUCUCGCUUAUAUCGUUCAAAUAAUCCAGUAUGUUGUAAUAUCAGUUAUUGAUUUAAUCUCCCAUUUUUCCGACAAGUGAUCAUGUAUGUCAUAUAUUCCAUAUAUGUAUUUCAUGCGAUUGUUAAGUGAAAGCUCAAAACUUGUCAAAAAUUUGGCCAAAGAGGUUAUGCAGUUGGUGCAAUGACUAUCACUGUAAUGAAAAAUAACUCCAAACUAUUCCAUAUACCGGUGUAUGUAUUUACAUGAUGUGACACAAUAAACAGCUUCUUGAAAGAA